AUGGUGCACUUUCCAGGUUUUGAAAUCGAUUCUCUGUAUCUGCCUAAAGUAGUUAAGCCUCGUUGGGGAUAUCGUUACGAUAUCGCCCUUUAUGGUAGGCUUGGACUCCACUGCCACAAUCUUCACAAGGGAACAAACUUUAAGUUUAGGCGAUGGGAAAAGUAUUGUGCUAUGACGAUGGCUGCAUACGUCGACUUCUACUUAACUGCAACGGAUCCAGCCACGGGCUCCGUCUUCUCUUUGCAGACGCUGUUAAGCGAUAUUGGACGUAGACCUGCUGCACACGGUAUCAGAAUUUCGUGGAUGACCUUAGCCUCCAUAAUCAAAUAUACGUGCAUGGGGUCUGUCCUUAACGUGCAAGAAUCAGAGCUGCGUGAGAAUGACUGGCUGCAACUAUUAUUGGAAAUCGCCUUCUUCUCCAAAGCAAAUCGUCGAUUGAGGGCUUCCCUACCGUUGGAGAUGAAGAAGGUAGUUGUAGAAAAUAGAGAAGAAUACACAACAGAGGCGCGUGAGAAGCUCAAGGCAGAUAACGCAAUCUUCAACGCGUUGGGCUGGUUAUCACGAAGCCAUUAUAAGCCAUCAUUAAGAUAG